AUGGCGCUGCCCGUUGUAAGCUUUCUACUUAGCAAUUUGGGCAGUUUGCUCGUUGCUGAAGCAAAACUUCUGAAAGGGGUUAGAACAGAUAUUCGUGACUUAGUGGAUGAACUCGAGAGCAUCCAACCCUUCUUGAAGGAUGCAGAUGCAAGGGGAGAGACAGACGAGGGAGUGAAAAUUUGGGGUAAGCAAGUGAGAGAUGUGGCUUAUGAAAUUGAAGAUGCAAUUGACGAAUUCAUGCUUCGCAUACAUCAACAACAAAAGCCUGGAUUUAUUGGCCAUCUUCAUAAAAUUGUUCGCGUCUCGAUGGAGUUGAAAUCAAGGCACAAAAUAGCCACUGAUGUACAAGAAAUUAAACGAAGAAUCACCAACAUUAAAGAGAGAAGUCAGAGGUAUUGCUUCAAUAGCUCAGAUCAUCAAGGGUCAUCAAGUUCUUCUGGUACCAGGCGAGCUGAAACAUCAUCAUCAUCAUCAUGGCACGAUCCUCGAAUCUCUUCCUUGUAUCUUGAGGAUUCUUGCAUUGUUGGAAUCGACAAGCCUCGAGAUCAUCUGAUCCAAUUGUUAGUACAGGAAGAGUACUCCAGAAGCUGCACAGUGAUUUCUGUUGCAGGCAUGGGUGGUCUAGGCAAGACCACACUAGUCAAGAAAGUCUAUGAUGUCCCAAAGGUGCAAGAACACUUCGAAUGUCAUGCUUGGAUCACAGUUUCGCAGUCAUUUAAACCUCAAAAUCUUUUGAAGUCAAUGAUGAAGCAAUUUUACCAAGAAGAUGAAGUUGUUCUUAGAGGACUAGAUUCCAUGGAAGAAGUUCAAUUGGUAAACAAACUGAGGGAGUAUCUACAACAGAAAAGGUAUGUAAUUGUCCUUGAUGAUGUUUGGACAAUAGAAUCAUGGAACUCUAUACAACAUGCUUUACCCAAUAAUGAUUGUGGUAGCAGGGUAGUGAUCACAACUCGCAGUAAUGAAAUAGCUUCUUAUUGCAAGAAAUCAAAUUCUAGCCAUGUCUACAAUCUUAAACCUCUACCAGACAAAGAAGCUUGGAGACUAUUUUGUAAGACAACAUUUUCAUUAUCACAGAAUGUUUGUCCUUCGGAUUUAGAGGACUUGUCUCUUAAAAUCCUGAAAAGAUGUGAAGGUUUGCCUCUUGCUAUUGUAGCUACUGGUGCUCUUUUGUCAUUGAAAGAGAAAACAAGAUUUGAAUGGCAAAAAUUGCUUGACAAUCUUGGGUCUGAGUUUGAAAACAAUCAAAUUCUAACUAGAAUGACAAAGAUUUUGUUAUUGAGUUUCAAUGAUUUGCCAUACUACUUGAAAUUUUGUUUCUUAUAUUUUGGCAUCUUCCCUGAAAAUUAUUCAAUCAAGUGUGUGAGAUUGUUUAGAUUGUGGACUGCUGAAGGAUUUGUGGGAAGGCAAAAAGGGUUGACAUUGGAAGAGGUUGCAGAAGAUUACCUCAAAGAGCUUGUUUGUAGAAAGCUAGUUCAAAUUGAAGAAACAUAUUUGGAUGGACGUAUUCGAAGUUGUCUUGAGUACAUGAUUUUCUAUGCGAAAUCAUUCUUCUCAAAUCGGAUGAAUGGAACUUUAAUAAAGUUGUAG